GGCUACUCAGGGCGUAGCACCCCCCCCACCCCGCGGCCCCCCAGUAGCCAGAACUGCCGGGAAUAAAUGCUCCCCUCGCCCCGCGUGGGCUCAUUCACAGCCCUGUGCGCCGGGCCGGGCGCUCCCCUCCGGGACUGAAACGGCGGGGCCGGCAGAGCGGGUGCGGUGCACUGAGCCCUCCUGGAAGGUCCCUCUUUUUCUAGGGCAAUAAAAAGCAAGACACACACGCACGCACACACGCACACACACGCACACAGAGCGAAAACAGCAGCUCUGUCCUCCUCCCCGUCCUCGUUCCCUCCCGACGGAUGAAUGUCUGCCAGCCUCCAGCCCUAGAGGGGCCUUCAGGAUAAUUCCUUCAGCAACACCGCUGUGACAGAGUGUGACGAAGACACAGUCUCCCUACAUGAAGACCAGACUGAUUGCUCCAGUAUCAGAGAUGAAGACAAUAAAGAAAACUACCCCGACGCCCGGGCGCUCCUAGAGGAGCCCGGGCCGCCCUGCCGCGAGCCGCAGCAGCAUGUAGAGCAGAUCCUGCAGGUGGACGGCGCGCUGCGACCCAGCAUGGGCAACUUCAAGUCCAGGAAGCCCAAGACCCUGCUCAAGGCGGAGAGCGCGAGGAGCCACGGAGAAAGUCAGGAGACAGAGCAUGUGGUACCCAGCCAGCCAGAGUGUCGGGGGAGAACAGGAACGCCAGCCCACGAGAGUCCACAAAACCACUCCUUCAGGUGCCAAGAAACAGUGCUAGUUCCACAAAGAAUCGAUCAGAGGGCUGCCAUUUGGUCAAAGGAUGCUUUUGAGACUCGGCAGGACUUAAAUGAGAAUUCCUUGCUGAAGCUCCAAGCCCUGGAAGCUGAUCUGUGUUCUGCAUUUUUGACAAACCAGGAGGAAGCUGCUCAGGUGCAUGGACUCAAGGACCCAGCCCCAGCAUCGACCCAGAAUGUGCCCGAGGAAGACGCAGAUGCUGCAGGCCCUGCACCAGUCCACAAAGAUGGGCAGAAUGAGGCAGACGGUACACCAGAAGACCUCCAGUCUGUUGGGACUAGCAGGCUGCUCUUUCACAUCACUGAUGGUGACAACCCACUGCUGUCACCACGCUGCUCCAUCUUCAGCCAAAGCCAGAGAUUCAAUUUAGACCCUGAAUCAGCCCCUUCUCCACCCAGCACUCAACAGUUUAUGAUGCCCCGAAGUUCUUCACGUUGCAGUUGUGGCGAUGGCAAGGAGCCGCAGACCAUUACCCAGCUCACCAAGCACAUCCAGAGCCUCAAGCGAAAAAUUCGGAAAUUUGAAGAAAAAUUUGAACAAGAAAAAAAAUACCGGCCUUCACAUGGUGACAAGACUUCUAAUCCUGAAGUCCUGAAAUGGAUGAAUGAUUUGGCUAAAGGUCGUAAACAACUCAAAGAACUAAAGCUGAAGCUCUCAGAAGAACAAGGAAGUGCCCCCAAAGGCCCACCUAGAAACCUGUCCUAUGAGCAACCUGCAGUCGCCAGAGAGAAUGGGAAGCCAGAAGCUGUGGGCCCUGAGCCAUGCUCCUCUGGAGAGGAGACUCCAGAUGCUGUGUUGACAUGCCUGAAGGAGAAGAGAGAGCAGCUUCCUGCUCAGGAGGAUUCUAAGGUAGCUAAGCAAGACAAGAACCUCAUAAAGCCUCUUUAUGACCGAUACAGGAUUAUCAAGCAAAUCUUGUCAACACCUUCCCUUAUUCCAACAAUUCAGGAGGAAGAGGACUCUGAUGAAGACUGUCCACAGGGAAGCCAACAACCGUCUUUGCUAGAUCCAGCAGCUCACCUUCCUGUUGGCGACCACCUCACCUUCUCUAAUGAGACUGAGCCUGUUAGGGUCCUGCUGCCAGAUGAAAAAAAAGAAAUUAAACAACCAGCCCUAUCCAUGUCCAAUUUACAUGAGGCCACUAUGCCUGUACUUCUUGACCAUCUCCGAGAAACUAGGGCUGACAAGAAGAGACUUCGGAAAGCCUUAAGGGACUUUGAAGAACAGUUUUUUAAACAAACGGGAAGAAGUCCACAAAAGGAAGAUAGGAUACCAAUGGCAGAUGAGUACUAUGAAUACAAGCACAUAAAAGCCAAACUGAGAUUAUUAGAGGUCCUCAUCAGCAAGCAAGACGUGGCCAAAACAAUCUGAGGUUCAGGAAAUGUUUGUGCUCACUUUCAACCAAGAUAAGGUCAAGUUUAUUUUCCUCUGCCAUUCUUGCUAAGUAGUUUUGACAUACUGAAAAUUGAAGCACUUUAGUGGUAAUAUUAGCUGUUUUUAAGAAGGGAUAGCAAAUGUAAUUAUAAAUGAGAAGAGAAAAUUUAAAUGGGGGGAAAUAUAACUAACAGUAUAAUUGGAAACAAAUUCAGUCUCCUCCAUGCCAGGGAGAAAAUGCACAGUCAGUAUAAUUAUUUCAAAAAACAUUUAAAUAUUUUAUCAAAUUUAAAUAAUACUAUUCAAUGGGCUACUUGAUAGGGAAAGUCUAUUUAGUGUCCAAAAAUUGCUUCUGUUAGUAUAUGGAAAAGAGCAUGAUUUUUUAAAAAAUCAAUAAAAGGAGGGAAAGAAAAUCUUUUUACGUUGGAAGGAAUACAGCUAGUAAGAAUGUAAUUUAUUUGAAUCUUCUAAUAGAUUUUUAAUGAUAAAAAAAAAUCUAUCUGUCCUUUAAGUCUGCUAGGCUAAAGUAUACUAGAAUGUGUCACUGCUAAUUUUUUAUUUCUAUAUAAAAAUAGCACAUUAUUUUAUCUGUUCUUUGAAAUUUUACAUUUCUGGUUACCAAAGUUCAUUCUGAUAGCAUGUACUUUGUGAAUUACAUUUGUCUAUAAUUAACAGAUGUUUAUAUUAAAAUAAAAUAUUGUAUUAAAAUUUGAAAAUAGGUAUUUUGGAUAGAUCUGUGGUCUCAGUAUAUAAUCUAAUGUGAUCAUAGUUACAAUUGCUAAUCUUUUUGUUUACUAUAAGAGUAUAUAACUAUUUUUCCAUUGGGAAUAUGCAUUUUUCUUAAUGUUCCAAGGUCUAAACUUUGUAGAGUCACAAAGAUUUCUCAUGAGUUGUAGGUAUUCUUCAUUCUGUACAAAAUGAAAAGUUUGGAAAUUGUUAAGAUACCUUGGAAAAGAAGAUAGAAUAUUUUAUUUGCUUCAUCAUUUUUAGUGCAUAUAGUUUUGUGUUAUUUUGUACUAAAACACACAUUUAUUAUUUUUGCCUUUGUAAAAGUAAGUAAAAGGUCAACAUUUUCUCUCUUGUACCAACCACGUUUGUAUUUCUGUUUUCUGUAAUGUUUAAGCAUGAUGUUGAACAAAUUCACAUUUUCAUAUAGUUUGGAUGGGAAGAAUAUUGACUCUCAGAAGCAGAGUAUUUCAGAGGCUCAUUGUUUUCUCUGUAUUUACCUGAUAUUUUAUAACUUCUAUGAAUCAGAUUGAUGUCCUUCAUAAAUUUGUUUAAUUGAAAUCAUCUACUUGUAACAGGACAGAUACACAACUAUUUGAAGUUUACAAACCACAUCUUUGAUAAGGGAAAUGGUUUCAUGACAUGUAUACAAUUGCUAUUAAAAUGUAACUCUAUAUAUUCUAUAUGAUUGUAAAUAUUUUAUACAACAAUACAAAUAAAAUAUUUUUCUAUUAUAUUUA